AUGAUUAGACUCAUUGGUUUUGGGUCGACUUCGUUGAUAUUGGCCCUUUAUUUGAAAAAGCUUGAUAUCCUGGAAUCGUAUAUCGGCUACUUCAUGACUAUUACCUUUUUGGGAGAUUUGAUAUCUUCGUUUUACUUGUCCUUGAUAACUGAUCAAAUCGGCAGGAAAAAGAUUCUUUUAUUAUGUUGUGUGCUUAUGGUUAUCACUGGAGCGGUAUUUAGCAUUGUUGAAAAUUAUUAUAUACUUUGCAUUGUUGCAUUUUUGGGAAUCUUGACUCCUUCGGGAGGUGAAGUUGGUCCCUUUAGAACUAUCGAACAAAGCUCGAUUGCUAAAUUGUGUAAUUCAAGUAAGGACAGAUCAGAUAUUUAUUCAUGGUAUACUUUCUUGGGAAUGUUUUGCGGUGCUUUUGGUGCAUUCAUUGCUGGGUUUAUUAUUGAUUUAACUCAAAAAUUUUGCAAUUUCAUUGAAUUGCAAAGUUUUAAAUCGGUGUUUUGGGUGUAUACUGGGUUGGCUGUGAUUAGUACUAUCUUGUGUUGUUUUAUUAGCCCCGAUAUUGAAGUUUCAAAGACAAAAAUCAAUGAUAAUAGUGACAUUGAGCCUUCAGAAACAAGUAGGUUGAUUGAAAGUGAAAUAACUCAAGAUGAACCAUUGGAACCAGUUAUGAAGAAGAGACUACUAUUUAACUUCCUUCCACAAAACUUAUCAUCUCAUACAUGUAUGAUAAUAUUCAAAAUCUCCCUUCUUUUUGGAUUAGACUCAUUUGCUUCAUCAUUGACUCCAUUAUCAUGGAUAUCCUUUUAUUUGAAGGCCAAGUUCAACAUCUCAUCAGGUUAUUUGGGCUCGGUGUUUUUCACCGUUGGAAUAAUUAGUGGAUUAACGUCACUUGGCUCAACAUCGAUGACAAAGAGGUUAGGUGCUGUAAUAACUAUGGCAGGAACUCACCUUCCUGCGUCUAUUCUCCUUGCCAUGAUCCCAUUACCACUGACUAUGGAAACCACUUUAGUGAUACUUAUUGCUAGAUCACUACUACAAUCGAUGGAUGUUGCGCCAAAGCAUGUGUUCUUAGCCACAUUGGUUGACGAUGAAGAUCGUACAGCUGUUUUUGGGUUUGUUAACGUUGUCAAGACUUUGGCCCAGAUUAUCGGUCCUAGUAUUGUUGGAAUUAUGGCAAAGGAUGGAUACCAAUGGAUAACCUUUAUUAUUGCUGGUAGUUUAAAGGCUAUUUAUGACUUGGGAAUAUUAUUCACGUUUAUAACCUACAAUAAACAUACAGAGUAUUGA